UCUGCAUGUGACCCCCCUCUUUGUCCUUUUGCAUCUGCAACUUCAAAACUUGAAUGUCCAAAAACUGUUUUUUUUUCCUCCUUGUAUGGAGAAUAAUCAGAAAGAGCCGUUCCUCGAUUUCAUGACCCACCAAUUCCAUUCUUAUUCUCUAUGAUCUCUCUUUCAUCUUCUGGGUAUCGGGAAAAAUUCUUACUUUUCGCGUGAAGGACAUGGAAAAGAUGGUGAAUAGCUGUGUUGGGUUCGAGAGAGGAAGACCACGGCUCGACGACGGUAAAAGGAUUUCUGGUUCGGUGGACUCGGUGACUGAGUUCACAACCGAGUCGAGCUCGAGCAGCUCGAGUGGGGUUGGAUCGAGCUGCGGGAGCUUCGCCGAGGGAAGAAAUUCGACGGCGGCGGAGGCGGAGGAGGAGGGGCCUGUCUCCUCGCCGAUGCCAUCGCCGCCGCCGCCGCCGUCGAAGCUUCUAGGUUGGCCGUUGGGGAAAGCUUCGUGGCGGAAGAGGUCUGGGAAGAAGAAGAAGCCGACGAUGACCAAUGCCGACAAUUUUGGGUUCAAGAGAUUGGGUGCAGAGAUUUCAGAAGUCGAGUUGGUGAAGGAGAGAAUGGCAAAGUUGUUGCUUGGUGAAGACAUGUCAGGCUCUGGUGAAGGUGUUUGCUCAGCUCUAGCAAUCUCUAAUGCCAUCACCAAUCUUUCUGCUUCGAUUCUGGGGCAGCUAUGGAGGUUAGAGCCACUGCCUACUGAGAAAAAAUCCAUGUGGAAAAGAGAAAUGGAAGUUCUUCUGUGUGUCAGUGAUCACAUUGUUGAAUUGGUGCCUUCCUUCCAGAGUUUCCCCAAUGGAAGCAAGGUUGAGGUGAUGACCUGCAGAACGAGAUCCGAUCUCUCGACUUGCCUUCCGGCUCUUCGUAAGCUAGACAAUAUGCUUCUUGAAAUAUUGGACGGUUUCGGAGAGACCGAGUUCUGGUACGUAGAUCAAGAUGUCGUAACUCCGGUAUCCAAUGGCUCGGCUUCUUUCCGGGAACAAAUUUGUAGCAGACAAGAUGAAGACAAGUGGUGGCUGCCACUGCCUCGUGUGCCGCCCGGGGGCCUCCGCGAAAACUCGAGGAAAAGAUUGAAUCACACUCGUGAAUUCACUAACCAAAUCUUGAAAGCCUGUUUGGCGAUAAACAGCAUCGCCUUGGCUGAGAUGGAGGUUCCCCGGUCAUACCUAGAUGCUCUUCCAAAGAACGGGAGAUCCUGUCUAGGCGAAUUCCUGUACAGAAACAUCACUUCUGAUAACUUCUCUGCCGAAUUCUUGCUCGAAUCCAUAGACCUGUCAUCUGAGCACGACGUUGUAGAAAUGGCAAACCGGGUUGAAGCGUCUAUAUACAUUUGGCGUAGAAGAGCUCACUUGAAGCUUUCGAUCUCUCCGUACCGAGCAGCUGCAAGAUCAUCAUGGGGAAUGAUGGUGAAGGACAACGACAAAAGAGAAAUGCUCUCGGGGAGAGCGGAAAGCUUGUUGCUCUGCUUGAAACAGCGUUUCCCGGGUCUACGACAAACCGCCUUAGACAUCAGCAAGAUACAAUGCAACAAGGACAUAGGGAAGUCGAUUCUCGAGAGCUACUCGAGGGUUCUCGAGAGCUUGGCGUACAGUAUAGUGGUACGGAUAGAGGAGCUUUUGUACGUGGACGACAUAACAAAGGAUUCAGACAACAAGUUAAGACUGGUUUCAUCAAAAGCUGGUUCGGGUUCUCAGAGAAGACUGUCGGCUCCAUUUUCUUCAGUGUCAUUCUCAGGCACACCGUACAGAACAGGGUCGUUUUCGACGCCGAGUUAUUCUCCGAUGCCAUUGGUAAGUCCCAUGAGAACAGAGAGAACUCCAUUUCUCUCUAGCAGGGAUGGACGUGGUGGGUUCGGAGUUAGAAAAGCCUUGGCCCAUUAUCUUCGCAGUUGAAAUCAACUAGGGUCGGUUUGGAUUUCGGUCCAAGAUACCCGGUUCCCGAAAAAACUAGGGUUAGGGUUUUGUUAUGUGUAACUUGUUGAGUGAAUUUGUGUAUUUCACACAUUCUUUCACAUUCUGGGUGUUGUGUUGUGUGUGUGUGUAUAUAUAUAUACAUACAUACCUGGAUCAGAGAUUCAGAACAGAGCAAAUCACAGACAA